CCACAAUAUUACCACCAGUGAAGAAAAAUACAGCGGCCACUAGGUGAGGAAAAUGGCCGACGUGGAAAUGGACUUACAAAGGUAUAGGUUGAAUAAUAGUAAAGAAGAUUUGGAGAGUUCACAGAAGAGUGGAAAUGAAAACAGUGAAAUUUCUGAAGAGGACAGGGGGGAGGAGGAAGGUGCAGAGGUAAAUGGAGGGAACCAAGAUGAAACUUCCAAACAUCAUAGCAGCAGCAGCAAACACAAGAAAAAGAAACACAAGCACCGCAGUAAGCACAAAAAGCAUAAACGUACAUCAGAGGAAGAGAAGGCACGUAAGCGCAAACACAAGCAUAAACAUAAGAAGCACAGACGCAAAGAGGGUGUAUUGCCCUCCUUGGGAACCAUUGACAGGAAGGCUGACAAUGCCUCCCCUUCUUCUGAGAACCCAAAUAUGGAUGACCGGGCUCUGCUAGAGGACUUGGAGAAGCAGAGAGCUCUUAUCAAAGCUGAGCUGGAUAGCCAGCUGAUUGAAGGUAAGGUUCAGUCAGGAAUGGGCCUCAUCCUGCAGGGCUAUAACUCAGGCUCUGAGGAAGAUGGAGAGGGACGGAGGCCCCCUAAUGGAGAUCAGUGCCACAAAGGAAGUGGGGGUAAAACCCGAUCACCAAGGGACCGUAAUGAUAGGGGUGGUAAAACCAGACGUGACUCGCCAGAUAUUAAAACCAACACAAAACGCCACAGCCGAUCUAGAGAGAGAGAUAGAGCGGCAAGGGAAAGCAGAGGGUGCCGGCUGGGUAAUAGUGGGAAAGAGACGAAGGAGUGCAGCAGAUCCAAAGACAGGAAGAGUUCACAGAGCCAGAAUCGAUCUCAUGAGAGGGUAAAGAAAUCACAGUCUCCAUCCAGCAAAAGGUGCUCAGCAGAAAGAAAAAUAGAUCAAAAGGGGUGCUCAGCAGAGGAAAAGGAGGCUAGAGCAGAAAGCCACCCUUCUCCACAUGCAGAGGAAAAAAGGACUACUCAGGAGCAGGGCAGGCAGCGAUCAGGUUCACCAGCACACUCGCACAAUCAGAGGUCUCAUUCCAGAGAUGGCUACGCAGAGGCAGACAGGGACAAGAGGCCCUGCAAAUCGCCAUCCAAGGAUGCCUCAUCAGGAAAGGAGAACCGCUCACCGUGUCACAGACGGGCAUCAAGUCCACGGCACCGCUGUAGUUCUUCCACCCACCAGAGGGAGCGCCAGUUCCAUCCGGCAGCAUCAUCAGGAUCCAAACAGAGCUAUUCUCCUUCCAGAAACUGGUCCCCUGUAAGGAGGGGCCACAGCCACUCAGCUGAUCGCAGAAGAGACUCGCCAUCUAGGAAACGUUCCCGUGUAGAUGGGACUGGAAGGACUAGCCCAGCACGACGAAGGGUCAGUCGCUCACCACUCAGACGAAAGUCUUUGUCACCACGACGACAGACACGGCCCUCACCGAGAAGGCGGAGUCGAUCUCCUUUUAGGCGAAGGUCUGGUGAGAGAGAGAGGUUUGGCCACACCAGGGUUCGUCGCUCCACAUCCAGAGAACGUGAGCGCAGAAGGAGGCGAAGUCGAGACGAGGACAAAUACAAGGGGAGUCUGUCAGAGGGCAUGAAGGUUGAUCAAGAUUCGUCCUCUGACGAUGUAAUGGAAGAUUUUGAUGCUGAAGAGGAGGAUGAGGAGGCUCUGAUUGAAAAGCGACGGCAGCAGCGACUGGCUAUAAUGCAGAAAUACAGGGCAGUAAACGAGGAUAGCAACAUGGGCUCAAUGGCAUCAGAGCCAAACAGUCCCCAGAGUAGCACACGCAGUCGCUCUGCCUCACCAGACGACAUCCUGGAGCGUGCUGCUGCUGAUGUUAAGGAGUAUGAGCGUGAAAAUGUGAACACUUUUGAGGCCAAUGUGAAGGCCAAGCAGAACCUCAUUGCCCAGGAGAAAGAGGGAACCAACACAAAGAAAUCCUCUGCCCCUGAUAUGUUUACAGAAUCGGAUGACAUGUUUGCUGCAGAUUUUGAUAGCGCCAGGCUCAGGGCUGUUGGAGUUGGCAAAGAUUUUAAGGAAAACCCAAAUCUCAGAGACAACUGGACUGAUGCUGAAGGAUACUAUCGUGUGAACAUUGGUGAGACGCUGGAUAAGCGCUACGAUGUCUAUGGUUACACAGGGCAGGGAGUAUUCAGCAAUGUUGUCCGAGCCAGAGACAUUGCCCGUGCUGGCCAAGAGGUGGCAGUCAAGAUCAUCCGCAACAACGAGCUCAUGCAAAAGACAGGGCUGAAGGAGUUGGAGUUUCUAAAGAAGCUUAAUGAUGCUGAUCCAGAUGAUAAGUUCCAUUGCUUGCGCCUCUUCAGACAUUUCUACCACAAGCAACACUUGUGUCUGGUGUUUGAGCCACUUAGUAUGAAUCUUCGUGAGGUGUUGAAGAAGUAUGGAAAAGAUGUAGGUCUCCACAUUAAAGCUGUUCGCUCAUACAGCCAGCAGCUUUUUCUGGCCUUAAAGCUUCUGAAGCGGUGUAAUAUUCUACAUGCUGACAUCAAACCUGACAACAUAUUGGUAAAUGAAUCAAAGACCAUCCUCAAACUUUGUGAUUUUGGUUCAGCCUCACAUGUGGCUGAUAACGACAUUACACCUUACUUGGUCAGCAGGUUCUACAGAGCUCCUGAGAUCAUCAUCGGGAAGCCAUAUGAUUAUGCAAUUGAUAUGUGGUCAGUAGGUUGCACUCUGUAUGAGCUUUAUACAGGAAAGAUCUUGUUUCCUGGCUCCUCCAACAACCACAUGAUCAAACUGGCCAUGGAUCUUAAAGGAAAGAUGCCCAACAAGAUGAUUCGGAAAGGUUUGUUUAAAGACCAACACUUCGACCAGAACCUAAACUUUCUGUACAUAGAAGUGGAUAAAGUGACUGAAAGGGAGAAAGUUACUGUGAUGAGCACUAUUAACCCCACAAAAGACCUGCUGGCAGACCUGAUUGGUGGCCAGAGACUCCCAGAAGAGCAGAGAAAAAAAGUGAUGCAGCUGAAGGAUCUGCUUGAUGGCACCCUGAUGUUGGACCCAGCUAAACGCAUCAGUAUAAAUCAAGCCCUGCAGCAUUUGUUUAUUCAGGACAAGAUCUGACCUUUUUCUUGUGUCUGACUUUUUUGCCAUUCCACUAGAAUUGCAGAGGCCUGCCAGCUUUUAUCCUGGAUAUCCACCAUCUUAUGAAAGUUUAGUUAUGAUCCCAGUCUAAUGCACAUUUUUUUGUUGAUUUUGUUAAUGGAUGGUUAGCAAUGUUGGACAAGUUAAGUGGGUGGAGCUGAGCUCUUAAGGAAGCAGAUUAACAGAUGUAGGGUUCUUAACCACAGCACUGGCUUUGGACUGAACCAACAAACUAUAUCUUAGAAUUUUUGGAACCAUUGGAGAUAUUUUUUCCUUUUUGUUUGGUUUAUAAGCAUUUCUUGUUCAGCUCAUAAACAUUCUUUGAAUUAUCUGGUUUUUAUUGUAAGUAAUCCAAUUACAUGUUCACAUGAAACUGAGAGCUUUUUUUCUGCUAUUGUUAGGUUUUGAUUUAUCACCUAUUUUAAUCUGUGGAUGUCUGUAAAAACUUAAUGGGAACAACAGUAAGGACUGGUUAAUCAUGAUGUUGAAUAUGCAUGCACAUAUGUAAGCAGUGUGAAACACAAAAGUGGCAUUGUUCACAUACUUGCCAGCAUUACUUAUGCACAUCUGGAAGAUUAAAAGCAACAUCCACUAGAUCAUGUGCCACACAUGAAAUAUUCGAGUCUGACAGGAUUUUACGCUGACAAUGGUACAGUGUUUUACAAGUUCAUAUGAGCUAUUCUGGGACACAUUUCUAACUGAGCAACAGCAAGAUGUCAAACACGAGGAACUUGCUGUGAAUCAAAAACAGUUUACAUUUAAAAUAAUUUAUAAAUCUGGAACAGCCACAUAUUGCUGUGCAAAACACUGAUAUAUUUGAAAGCCACAUGAGGUUACUGACAUCCACUGGAAGUUUGAUAGUGUACUUAGUUAUUUAUUACUGCACUACAUGCAGAAUUUGGUGCACUGAAUGAACAGGUUCUAGUCCAGACUUUCUAAUGACAAAAUUUCCUAAUUUUUUUUGUUGAGUAGUCUUAAUAUAGCAGUUCUAGUAUAGUAUACAGUUAUAGUAAUUCCUGUGGGAUAUCUAUUAACAGUUUUGGCUAAAUAUUAAAAGAACCAUCUUUAUGAUUACUGUAGGUGCAAUGUCAAGUUCCUUUAUAUUUUAAAUGCAGAAUAUUUUAUUCAAAACCUCUACUUCUAAGAAAAAAAAGUAAAGAAAAGAAAUGAGAGAGCAUCAAAAACUGAAUUGUAGAUUAAAAAAACGGAUCAGGGCUGUACCAUAUAACAGUUCCAAUAUAGUGCUACCAAAAUAUAGUGCUACCAGUGUAUUGCUUCAAAUAAUUAACAUCAUAAUAUUAAUAUUGUCAUAUUGCCCAGCCCUUUUCUGGUCUUUAUGUACAUCCCGGUUUCAGAACAGUAUUUUAUACUUGGAGUAUCUCAUUGAAUUUAACCAGCAAUUAAACCUUAAUAUCACUCGGAUGCAUUCCAAGAAGCUAUUUGUAAGGUGUAUGUACAAAAACGAUUUUAUCAUUAUAUAUCAUCCCACCAAUUUGCCAAUUUCCUAGAUCAUGUGUGUGAAGCUGCAUAAGAUUAGUGUUUAAAAUUUUGUUUGUCUUUAUGUUUUUUGCACAGCCCUGUAUUGUAAGAUUUUUCUUGGUUAUGCUAAUAUUGUGCAAUAGCUGCACAAUAUUAAUUAUUGUAUUAUAACCUAUUACACUAGGUGUUUGUACCCUUUAUAAAUUGAGUAAGGUGUGUUUUUGCAAGUAUUCAGCUGUUAGAAAGGGAGUGAGGGAAGAUAUUUUAAUUACAUUUGUAGCACUGGCCAUAAAGGCCAGUAUGGGGCAAAACUCUACACACGAUAGAGCCUGUUACUUAAUCUCACUGGCAAGGGUUUCAUAAUUGGGAUGCAUCCUGACCAUGUUUAAGUGUAAUUAUCCCCUGUAGUGCUUUUUGUAAAGCAUGAUUUUUCUAAUCAAAUGUAUUAUCAAAUGAUCUUUGAACUUGGCUUUGAACUGGAAAGAUUUAUGAAAUUACAAUUUAUGAAAUUAUAAUAACCAAUGAGUUGCCAAUGAAAACAUUUAUUAAAGAAUGAUGAGCAUUAUCAUUAUUAUUAUAAUGAUACACAUCAGUAAUGGUCACAAUGAAAAAUGAUAAUUGAAACAUGUAACCAGGGAUCUGUUGACCUUUCGUGCUUCAAUUCAGUUUCAUUUGUAAUUGUCAUUUUUCAUUUGGCCAUUUAACAAUGGUUGUUGUCAGAAAGGAGAUGCACAGAAAUCUGGAUAUAGCAUAUUAAUGAGCAAACCAAGGGUGACAAGAGCACAUCCUCUUCUGGGUUAUAAAUUUCUUCUGUAGCUGUAUACUAUAGAGCAGUGUUAAGAUGCUAUGUUAAAGAAUACAUCUGCUAAAAAUUCAAUCACACAAUAGGCAUCAUCAUAAGAUAUAAUAACUGGUACAGUGGUUUUGAAGCAGUGCAGUAAAUUGGCUAUAGACAAAAAUUUACAACCAAAUUCUUCAAAUGGUUCUAAUGCUGAUACAGCACCCUGUGCAAAGAAGAGCAUAAAUCUAUACUUAGCAGACAAUACACUAACAAAUAUAUCACUGUAAUCAAUUGCCAUGUAGAUAAACAGUACAAUAACAGUACAAGCUUACUGUUAAUUUUACAGUUCUCCUACUGUUAUCUAUUUUACAGUACGUUACUAUAAUAAUACUAAAUACAUUACUGUAUUUUCUUGAUUUCACUGUAGACUACUGGUAGCAGGGAUGCCAGUACAUUACAGUUUUUUCGACAGUAUUACUGUUAUAACACCAUGUACUAAUACACAAUAUAGUGCUGUACUUUAUUGCAGUAACAAUGGUAUACCAUCAUAAUCCAAAUACUGUACAAUGUACUCAUUUUUGUAAAUAGACCAUAUUAACAGCUGCAUUGUUGAUACUAUGAAUUCAGCACUGUCUAACCUUGAUUAGCAGCAUUAUUGUGAUAUUCUAUACAAAAUAUUUUAACAGUAAGUCCGAUAUGCUAGAGGGUGCUGUUGCCAGAGCACUUCUGUGUAAUGAAGAUUUAAACCAUUCUCAUUCCAACAAAGUAUUGUCAGUUUACCUGCGAUUCUAAGCCGUUUCAUUGUUUUGCCUUGCUUGCCAUUUGUGUUCGUCUCUGCUCACCUUUCACAGAUUAUUCGAGUUUUGGAUUUGUUUGUUGUGCUUUUUGCUUUUCUUGGUUUAUGGCCUCUUUGCCUGCUUUUUGGUAUGCUGAUUUACUGUCUGCCGAUUUGGUUUUGUUUGUCCUGUGUGUUUUUUCUAAUAAACCCAGCAAAUGGAUUCAU